CGCCCCCACCCGCCAUCUGGCCUUCCCACCGCCAUGGCCGGCGUUCGCGCCGGUGCGCAGAUGCCGCAUCUGAGCAAGAUGGAGCGGGUGGUCGUGAGUAUGCAGGACCCCGACCAGGGCGUGAAGAUGCGGAGCCAGCGCCUGCUCAUCACCGUCAUUCCGCACAUGGUGGCUGGCAGCGACCUCGUGGAGUGGUUGAUCCAGAAGUACUGCAUCUCGGAGGAGGAGGCCCUGCACCUGGGCACUCUCCUGGUGCAGCACGGCUACCUGUACCCGCUGCGAGACCCCCGCUGUCUUGUGCUCCGGCCAGACGACACACCCUACAGAUUUCAGACGCCCUAUUUCUGGACGAGCACGCUGUGGCCAGCUACUGAGCUGGACUAUGCCAUCUACCUGGCGAAGAAGAACAUCCGAAAGCCGGGGGCCCUGGUCGGCCACGAGAAGGAACACUAUGGCCAGCUGCACAGGAAGAUCAACCACGCAUGGGACCUGGUGGUGAUGCAAGCGAGAGAGCAGCUUCGGGCAGCUAAGCAGCGCAGGAAGGGGGACAGGCUGGUCAUGGCGUGCCAGGAGCAGACGUACUGGCUGGUGAAUAGGCCUCCGCCAGGGGUCCCCAGCGUCCUGGAGCAGGGUCCAGAGCGCAGUUCCUGCACUGCCGGGCAAGCGCAGAUGUCCCCACAGGGCCUGCCUUCUAAUUGCAGCCCGCCCGGCCCUUUCCAGACCAAGAAUAUAGAUUUCUACAAGCGGGAGAUGGAGCUGUGCAGAAAAGCCCUGGGCAGGGCCCGGGUGAAGUCCUCUGUCUGCCUUGAGGCGUACCUGAAGUUCAGCAGCCGACGUGAGCUGCACGAUCCCAUCAUGUCAGGGUGCCUGCCGGGCAACCCCUGGGUCACAGAUGAUGACACCUACUGGACCUUGAACGCACCCAGCGUGGCUGUGCCCACGAAGCUCCGCGUGGAGCGAUGGGGCUUCAGCUUCCAGGAGCUCUUGGAAGACCCUGUGGGACGGGCGCAUUUCAUGGCCUUUCUCGGGACAGAGUUCAGCGCUGAGAACCUGAGCUUCUGGGAGGCAUGCGAGGAGCUGCGCCACGGAGGGCAGGCCCAGGUCCACGCCAUGGUGGACGCCGUGUACCAGCAGUUCCUGGCCCCUGGCGCUGCCCGGUGGGUCAACAUCGACAGCCGGACGAUGGAGCGGACCCUGGAGGGUCUGCACCAGCCCCACCGCUACGUGCUGGAUGACGCCCAGCUGCACAUCUACAUGCUGAUGAAGAAGGACUCCUACCCGAGGUUCCUGAAGUCUGCCGCCUACAAAGACCUGCUGGCCGAAGCCGUGAUUCCCCCAGAGGCCAAGAAACGGGUGUUCCCGUUCACGCGGAAGCUGCCGCAUUCAAGCCCCAGCCCCGCUCUGCUUCCUGCCGCCACCCCUGGGGAGCCUGCGGCUGCCGCCGGUGGCCCUGAGUGUGGUGAGGGGGGCGCCUAAGUGGGCGUGAGCGCCGCCCUCACCUCUUGCCCAGGGUCCUGGCCACUUUUGAGAGCCCUGGCACGGGCGUCCCCUCGUGCCCAGAGGCCCCGGCCUUGCUGUGGGGCAAGCAGACCUCUUGGGCUCCCCCCUUUGCCCUCGUGCAGCCCUCUCGACGCCUCCCCACCUCCAGAACCAUAAACUGCUGGCAGAUACCAGGUGGGCCUCCGGCAGGUGGCACUUGUCAUGGGAGGAGAUGCAGGCCGCCGGGUGGAUUUCCCCGGGGCGCUCCGCCCAGUGUGACCCUGUGGGGACCCCACACCACGUCCCCGCUUCUGCUGGGGGCGCCUCAGCCUUCCAGUCGGCCAAGAGCCAUCCUCCUGCGUCUCGCCUACGCUGUGGCCGCCACUGUGCACGUCCCAGGCCUCAUGCCCCAGGGGCGCCUCUGGCCGGUGUCCUGGAGGCUGUGGCUUCUCCAGCAGAGUUGCACAGGGACGGCCCCAACGGCCCCACCCUGGUGACAACUGGUGCCAGUUCCCCGCAGGGGCGGGUGGAGCCCUUGGGGGAGGAGGGGACGCCAGCCCCCGGGCGAAGGACAGUUGGUCCUCUGGGAGCGCAGCUCUGUGGGGCCAGGGGGAGCGGCGCCCCCCUUCCUGCUCCCACCCACUCCCGACGCCGAAAUAAAAGACCCGCAGCUCUCA